GUCAGCUGAGCACAUAUUUCAGCUGUAUAAUAUUAACCCACCAGUUAUCAACGCCCAACCUGAGUCAGAAAACAGUCAACAUUAUCAGAUAUGAUCCUCUCUGUAAACUUGAUCAUAUGUGCAGCUAUAUUAGCCCUGCUGUUACCUUACCAGGCCUUAUCAGAUAGCCAGCCAAUGUGUUCUGUGAUACAAGGGCUUCCUGGUCUUAAUGGCAGAGAUGGAGCCAAUGGUCAGAAAGGGGAAAUAGGCUCUCCAGGACAGACUGGGGUCAAAGGUGAACAGGGGAGUAUAGGAGCUCCUGGAAAAGUAGGACCUGCUGGACCUAAAGGGUAUCAAGGAUACAAAGGAGAUACUGGUGUAAAGGGAGACAAAGGAGAGAAAGGAGAUCAAGAUAUUACGACACCUGAAAAAAUUGCAACUUUGGAAAAUAAAAUUACUUCUCUUGAAACAAGUCUCUCCAUGCUAAAAAAUAUUGUGCUUUUCCAAAUGGCGCAAACAGCUAAUGGAAAGAAAAUGUACACUGUUACCUGGAGAGAAGAGAAUUAUGCCAAAGCUCAAGCUAUUUGUGAGACAUAUGGUGGAACGUUGCCUUCUAUAAGGAAUAGCGAAGAAAAUUCAAUCCUACAUACAGUUGUAAAAAUGGUACCCCAUAGAAAGAUAUUCCUUGGGAUAAAUGACAUAAAAACAGAAGGAACUUUUAUGUACCAGGAUGGAGAGGUGAUAAAAUACAAAAAUUGGGAACCACAAGGAAAAGAACCAAAUGGAGGGCGCAGGGAAAACUGUGUUGAGAUGCGAGAUCAUGGAAAAUGGAUUGACAUCUCAUGUGACAAUAUAAACCAAGUGGUUUGUGAAUUUCAAUUUCCAUAAUUAAGUCCAAUGUUGUCAUUUUCGUAUCCACCAAUAUCAACAAUAUAUGCUUUGCAAUUGUUUUCGAGUUAUCAAACUAACAUUGUUUAGAAAUUGGCUGUAUUUUACCUUUUUCUCCAAAAUUUUUAUAAUUUUCUAUAAAUACAUAUUCAUUUUA